AUCUACUCUUAAAUUAUAAAGAAAACAAAAUAAAGAAUAAAAACAGGGAAGGUUCAAAACCUCUUUGCAGGCAUGGUGGAGCUGUUGUUGUAGGUACUGGUUUGGCUUCUCGAUCAGGUUGAAAAUCAGUUCGGUGCUUUGAUCAGCCGCGUGGUAACCAGGAAACAGGCAGCCUUAUUGGGGUGUUCUGAUGUUAUGUGAAGCUUUCCUCACUCCGAUAUAUGCGUGUCGGUUGAAGUUCGGUGGAAAUGGAAUUUAAGGUGCAAUUGACUUGAUUAAGUGUGCGAAUUUGGGUGUAAUCCUUAAGAAGGGGUAGCAGCAUUGAAGCCAGGAUCAUUUCAAGUGCCACUUUCGAUUUCGGAUAACAUGGUCGUCAAUAAACUUGCAGAACUUGUAUCUUCUGUGGCAACUUGUUUGUCACCUGCGAAGGCAUCUGUUAUUUCAUAUAAAUCACCCGGAUUACCUCCCAUUCAUCAGUCUAAGAGCGACACCUUUUCCGUCACAGAGAAUAAUAAUAAUUUCAGACUUGCGGCAUCCCUUCAAAAUUUUUCAGCUUUCCAGCAAAUUGAUCGUGAAGGCGAUCCUAACCCUGAUUUAGAAAGAAGUUUAGGUCAUAAAUUACCACCAAUUUUGUUGAAGCAAGAGAAUGUUGUCUCGAGUUUUUCCAAGGAGAAGGGAUCGCCCAUUUAUUCGGGGAGGAGUAAGUGGGUACGAGUGAGCUGUCUUCUCCUUGGCUUAUCGUUGUUUGCUUGCCUAUGUUUUACCCUAGUAAUUUUUUGCUUGAAUUGGUUCAGAGGACCAUCCAAGUAUUUUGUUGUACUCGACUGUGGUAGCACAGGGACUCGUGUAUAUGUAUAUCAGGCCUCUGUUAACCACAAGAAGGACAACAAUCUUCCUAUUCUAUUAAAAUCAUUGCCUGAAGGUUUCCAGUGGAAAUCUGGAAGGCAAAGUGGGCGAGCUUACAAUCGAAUGGAAACUGAACCAGGAUUUGAUAACUUGGUCCGUAAUACCUCUGGGUUGAAGAAAGCUAUAAAACCACUUAUUAAGUGGGCCGCGACCCAAGUUCCUAAAGGAUCGCAUAAGUCUACUGCUCUCUUUCUAUAUGCCACAGCUGGAGUGCGUCGGCUACCAAGUUCAGACUCUCGUUGGCUUCUUGAUAGUGCAUGGUCAAUUUUAAAAGAGUCGCCCUUUCUAUGCAAAAAGGAGUGGGUAAAAACUAUCACAGGUAUGGAAGAAGCUUAUUAUGGAUGGAUAGCUUUAAACUAUCAUACUGAGGUUUUAGGGUCCAUUCCUAAAAAGGAAACAUAUGGUUCACUCGACUUAGGUGGUUCGUCCCUACAAGUUACUUUUGAAGGCAAACUACAUGGCCGGGAUGAAACAAGCUUGAAGCUGAGCAUUGGACCGGUUAAUCAUCAUCUCAGUGCUUAUUCUUUAGCUGGGUAUGGUCUCAAUGAUGCCUUCGAUAGAUCUGUUGCUCAUCUUCUGAAAAUGCUUCCUAAGGUUGCUAAUGCAGAUUUGGUCCAUGGAAAAGUUGAAAUCGAGCAUCCUUGUUUGCAGUCUGGUUACAAAGAACAAUAUUUAUGCUCCGAGUGUGCUUCCAUUCGGCUAAAAGAUGGAAAACGUCCUAUAAUUAGGAAAAGAGUAGGUAAGGGGCGUAAAUCUGGUGUGCCAAUUCGGCUUAUUGGAAGCCCGAAAUGGGAAGAAUGCAGUGCGCUGGCCAAAGUUGCAGUUAAUUUGUCUGAAUGGUCUGAUCAUAGCACCGGAAUUGACUGUGAGCUCCAGCCAUGUGCACUUGCAGAUAAUCUACCUCGACCGGUUGGCCAGUUUUAUGCUAUGUCUGGUUUCUAUGUGGUAUACCGAUUUUUUAACCUGACUUCCGAUGCUGCUCUGGAUGAUCUACUGGACCACGGCCGAGAAUUUUGUGGAAAACCUUGGGAUGUUGCAAAGAAAAGUGUUGCUCCUCAGCCAUUCAUCGAACAAUACUGCUUCAGGGCCCCAUAUGUUGUUCGCCUCUUGAGAGAAGGAUUGCACAUUAACGAUCACCAUGUAAAUAUUGGUUCUGGAAGCAUCAGUUGGACCCUUGGGGUCGCUUUAUUUGAAGCCGGAAAGGUGUUUCCAUAUGGAGGAAAAAAUCACAGCUAUCAGAUUUUGAGGGUUAAGACGCAUUCGUUCAUUCUUUUUGCGGUGUUGUUUACUUCAUUAUUUGUUCUUUACAUUGCAUUUUCUUGGGUCAACACUUCAUGGUUGCCAAAGUUCUUCAGAAGGCCUUAUCUGCCCAUUUUGAGACAUAACAGUGCGACAUCAACAUCCAUGCUCAAUAUUCCAGCCCCUUUCCGGUUUCAGGGAUGGAGUCCCGUCAGUGCAGGUGAUGGAAGGAUUAAGAUGCCACUUAGUCCUACAGUUUCGAGUACUCAGCAAAGACCAUUUGGCCCGGGAUUCGGUUUUGGAAAUGGGGCAUUUCAGUUUGCUGAAUCGCGAUUUUUCUCAUCGUCUAGUAGUGCAUCGCAUAGCUAUUCGUCAGGCAGCUUAGGACAUAUGCAAUUGGACCAUUCCUUCUGGACACCCCACAGAAGUCAGCAGCGGCUUCAAAGUAGGCGGUCCCAAUCGCGGGAGGACCUGAAUUCUUCAAUUGGUGACGCCAUGUGCCCGCGCAUGCACACUUAGCUAAGGUACGCGUUGCCCUUUUUUUUAUUUACCUUGGUCGGAAGAUUCAUUAGGAAUGUGCAUACAUACAAACAUAGGAAGUUAACUGACUUGUGUUAAGGUGUUGAAUUGUCGAAAGGUUACCACGGUCCUUUUGUCGUUCCUCGGAAACGAUAGGAUUCGCUUCAUAGAAGUAAGGAAGAAAGCUGAAUAGGGGAAAUUUUUACGGAGAAAAUCAAUCUAGUAUCUAUUAGUACUAUGCGGUGGUGUUGUUCAUAACUUUGUAUAUAGUCUCAAUGCUGAUUGUUCUUCUUCUUCGAAUUCUGACAGUGGAUGUAUAUGUAUAUGUAUAAGACUUACAUACUGACAGUCUAGGCAGUUUAGAGUGAGAGUUAGAAUAAGAGUAGUUCCGAUGCUAGUGUUACAGUAUUUAUUACAUACGAUCCCAAAAUAAUUCAUAGCUGCUUUUUCGAUU